AUGAAUGCUGUUAUCAAAACUUGGCGAGAUGGGCCGUAUAUAUUUAUUGUGCAAAUAGGAAUUUUCACAACUGUGAAGGAUUCUACUACCAAAAUUAAAAGAAUGGAGAAAACAACACCUUCCUCAUAUCAAAAUAAGCCAUUUACAAUGAUGGUAGAACUGAAGGGGCCAUAUGAGUAUCUCUCACUUGCAGACUAUCCUCUGAUGAUUUUUUUCAUGGUGAUGUGUAUUGUGUACGUGUUCUUCGGGGUUCUAUGGCUUGCGUGGUCAGCCUGUUACUGGCGUGAUCUCCUGAGGAUCCAGUUCUGGAUUGGUGCCGUUAUCUUCCUGGGAAUGCUCGAGAAAGCAGUUUUCUAUGCAGAGUUCCAGAAUAUCCGCUACACCGGGGAAUCUGUUCAAGGGGCAGUAAUACUGGCUGAACUGCUUUCCGCUGUGAAGCGCUCAUUGGCUCGAACUCUGGUUAUCAUAGUCAGCCUGGGAUAUGGGAUAGUCAAGCCUCGCCUUGGAGUUACUCUUCACAAAGUAGUUAUGGCUGGAGCCCUCUAUCUAUUAUUUUCUGGCAUGGAAGGUGUUCUUAGAGUCACAGGGGCCCAGAAUGAUCUUGCCUCCUUGGCUUUUAUUCCCCUGGCUUUCCUAGAUACUGCCCUAUGCUGGUGGAUCUUCAUCAGCUUAACUCAAACAAUGAAGCUGCUAAAACUUCGAAGGAAUGUUGUGAAACUCUCUUUGUAUCGGCAUUUCACCAACACGCUCAUCUUGGCGGUAGCAGCGUCUAUUGUAUUUAUCAUCUGGACCACCAUGAAGUUCAGGCUGGUGGACUGUCAGGCGGACUGGCAGGAGCUAUGGGUGGAUGAUGCCAUCUGGCGUUUAUUGUUUUCAAUGAUCCUUUUUGUCAUCAUGAUUCUGUGGAGACCAUCUGCUAACAACCAAAGGUUUGCUUUCUCACCCUUGUCGGAGGAGGAGGAUGAUGAUGAGCAGAAAGAACCAAUGUUAAGUGAAAGCUUCGAGGGAAUGAAAAUGAGAAGUACAAAGCAAGAACCAAAUGGGAAUGUAAAAGCAAACAAAACUCAGGAGGAUGAUCUGAAGUGGGUAGAGGAGAAUGUUCCUUCGUCAGUGACAGACGUGUGA